AUGUCUGAGGUACAAUCUCGCCCCGCCGCGCCUCGCGGUAGAGGCUCAGCCCGCGGUGGCCGAGGAGGCUUCUCCACCAGAGGUCGAGGAGGUGCCAGAUCUCACGCAAUCAACGGCGACAAGACAGAUUCUGCCCCGGCAUCAAUUGAGGACGACGGCGAAGUAGGCCAGCUUAAGAAGAAGUAUGGCAGCAAGGUCACAACCAUCCAGGAGAUGUUCCCCGACUGGACGGAUGAGGACAUCGUGUUUGCUCUUCAAGAGACCGACGGAGAUCUUGAAACAACUGUCGAUCGCAUAACCGACGGUACAAUCACUCAAUGGGGAGAGGUCUCGAAGAACAAGAAAGAUCGCUCCAAGUCCAAGGUCAAGGAGGUCGCAACGAUCACAUCUUUCGGCGACAUCGCCAGCCAAACCAGAGUCGCUCGCGGCGGCCGAGCUGGAUUUGACGGGACUAGAGGAGGCCGUGGUCGCGCUACGGAGCGAGGAGGUCGAGGUGGACGAGUUCGCGCACCAACAAAUGGCGCCCGCAAAGAAAACAUUGGCGAGGCAUCUCUCACCACCGAGGCGCCUGCAUGGGAAACCGUACCGGCUGCUGAAUCAUCUUGGGAUACUCCAAAGGCAACUGAAGGAAGCUGGGAUACUACAAAGCCAGCCAUCGAAGAAUCAUGGGGCUCAACUGCCGCGGAGGCUGUGAGCGCGACUGCUGCAGUGGCUGCCAAGGCAACUUCGAGCGUUAUUCCAGAAGGCGUAAAGAAGAGUUGGGCUAGCAUUUUCGCCCCUCCUCCCGUUCCAAAGAAGGCACCAGAGCCAGUAGUUGAGAAGCCCGCUGAACUUACCAAGGUCCAAGCACCCGUCGAAGCCCCCGUCCCAGAACCCAAAGUAUCGAUUCCGGAACCAGCCGCUGUCGAAGCCGUCGAGACACCCCCCGUUCAAGAAGUUGCUACCCCAGAGCCCGAAGUUCAAAUUACACCAUCAAAGGACGAAUUGACGGAGGAUAAUCUUGAGCAACUCCCAGAUGUUUCGGCCCCCGCCCCGACAGCGACUGCCGCAAGCACCGCAGCUAGCUCUUGGGAUCCUCGAAGUGCCGCUGCUACACCAUUCUCUAACCUCCAAAGCCAACCUCAAGCUAUCCGACCACCAACCAGUGGAUUCCAAGCAUCUGCUUUGAAGGCGACAGGUGCGUCUGGACGGACCCCGAGCUAUCAACGCCGAGUUCUUGACCAAGAGGAGGCUGUGCGCAUGCCAGGAAAUCGUGAGGUCGACCGAACUGCUGUCCAGUUUGGCGCCUUCAACCUGAAUGGAUCUGGAGAUGAGGAUGUGGAUGGAGAUCGCGAGGAGGCCGAGACUCGUGCGCAACCUCCCCAGCACUCCCCAGUAGCCCCAAGAGCUGCUCUUCCUCCCGUACUCGCACAAGCUGCACCUGUCCCCGAGAGCCUGCCAACAGCAAAGCAGUCCAGUGGUCUGCCAGCAGCAACUCACCCAACAGCUGCCCCAGGUCUCCCAUCUCCUGCACCUCUCUCCAGCGCCCAAGCUACUUCUCAACAGGGUCCUCAAGGAAACGGCCAAUACAGCGCAUACGGACGUUAUGGCCCAGCAGGUACCCAGGAGUCUUCGUUGCCUCCAAAGCCAUAUGAUGCGUUCAGUCAACAAGCUCCAUCCAGCCAAAGCCCAUUCGAAGGCUAUCCCUCUCAACAAUCUCAGUCUCAGCCACAAUCUGGGGCUUUCACCUCCGCGCCUAACGAAUUCUCUUCCUACUACACUGCUGAUCCUCAACAGCAACGCAACGCUUAUAACAGCUACUAUAACCAUCAACAAUACGGUGCACAGCAAGGCUCCCAAGCUCAAGAUGGUCCUGCUUCACAGCAACGUGGUUACCCGGGAUACAACGGCCCCCAAGCUGAGAACUCUUCCCAAUUCCCCCAAAGUGCUGCUCAAGGUACCCAGUCGCGCUACGCAACAGCUGGUGAGGGACAGAACAGUGGACACAGCACCCCCAAUCCAAUCGCUCAAAGCCAGCACCCAGCAGCUUCUCAAGGUUCUCAACCCCAGCCAGGCCACCAACAGCAACCCCAAGCCGGAAACUACCCGUACAACCACCCAUACUACCAGAGCCCUUACUACGCUGCUUGGAACCAAUACCAGCAAUACGGCGGUGGCAACUAUCCUGGAGCUCCAUACGGCGCAAAAGCUGGGCAUCAACAGCCAUACCAGGGCUACGGUAUGUCUCCAAAUGCUCCAUAUGAGCACACUGCAUCUCCUGCUGCGGGUGGUUUCGGAGCUUCUUCUCUGCAUGGCCGUGAGAGCGCGCUUGGAGGAUUGUCUGAUUACGGCCGUGCUGGUUCAGCUCAGGCAGCUCCAACCCCACAGGCACUUGGAGGCGGUGGAGCUUUUGGUGGACAUGAUGCUUUCGGUCGUGGAUCUUCCUACCAAGGUCAAGGACAGCAGCAUUACAACGGCCAACAGGGUGCUCAGCCAGGCACUGGUGAUGACUUGAAGCCAUUUGGUGACUCAAAAACAGCGAAUGGCCCCAGCCCAUCUCUCUCUCAAGCUGGACGACCAGGAUCCGCGACAAACACUACCUCUGGAUCAGCUCUUCCUCAAACCCAAAAUCCGACUGGUUACGGUGGCUACCCAGCUCACCUCCAACAACCCGGCCAGGGACUUCACGCCAACCAAACCGGUAGUGGAUACGGAGGUCUCGGUGGUACCGGCCACCAGGCUGGGGGUCAAGGACACCAGAACAGCCAAUACGGAGCCUACCAAGGUUUCGGUGGCAACAACUACUACGGCAAUAGCCAACAGCGUGGAGGAUGGGGCGGCAACUACGGACACUAA